GCUGGUGUUGGCAGGUAGCCCCGUGGCCUAAGUCUUUUGUAACGAACCACCCACGUCUGCUGAACGCAGACGAACAUGUCGAGUAAGGAGCCGUUCGUCGAAGCCGCGAUUCGCUCGCGACGGAGCGCGACAGUCAAGCGGCCGCUGCUUCUUGCGCUUUGCGCGACUAUCGCGACGCUGUCGCUCUAUGCUUGCAACUUCUACCUUGCCUCGUCCUCUCGAAACCCCGAAACCCGUAUCCACCGUGUGCCAGCACAUGCUGGACAAAUCCUACGCCAGUGCGCCAGCCUGAAGGCGACUCCUAAGCCUCCACACGAUUUCCAUACCCGGGCGCAGUCGGAUAGAUUCGAGCCUGGGACACGCCCAACGUUGAUCAAGAACGCGCGUGUGUGGACAGGGGCUAGGAAUGGUACCGAAACCGUGAAAGGCGACGUUCUACUCGAAGGAGGCGUCGUAAAGGGCAUAGGCUACAUUCCGCAGACUCUGUUGAAUAACUUGAAGGACCCCGCCACUGUUGAGGCAAACGGAGCGUGGGUUACGCCCGGUCUCGUGGACUUGCACUCUCAUGUUGGGCUGCUGAGUGCUCCCUUCACAUCGGGUGCAUUUGACGUGAACUCUGCCCACGGACCCGUAUUGCCCUGGCUGCGAAGUAUCGAUGGAUUUAAUACGCAUGAUUUGGCCUUCGAGCUGGCCAUCGCUGGAGGUGUAACGUCCGCUAUGGUACUUCCUGGAAGCGGUAAUGCUAUUGGCGGACAGGCCUUCAUGAUGAAGCUUAGAAAGACGAAAGAAAGGUCACCAACGUCCAUGGUAGUUGAACCUCCGCACACUCUAAAUGGUUCUGCACCAGAUCCAGACCUACCUUUGCGCUGGAGGCAUAUGAAGCAAGCGUGUGGCGAGAACCUUAGGCGGUAUGGCAACCGUAUGGACGCAAUUUGGUCCUUCCGCUCCGCAUACAACGAGGCUCGUAAGGUUAAGCAGCAGCAAGAUGACUUCUGUACGAAAGCCGAGGCUGGCUUGUGGGAAGACAUUGCAGGUCAAAGCUUCCCCGAGAACUUGCAGUGGGAGAUGCUCGUCGACGUCUUGCGCGGGCGCGUCAAAAUUGCAAACCACUGCUACGAAGAGGUUGAUUUAGACGAUAUUGUCCGACUCACCAACGAGUUCGGCUUCCCUAUCGCGUCCUUCCAUCACGCCUCCGAGGCCUGGUUGGUGCCAGAUGUGCUCAAACAGACAUGGGGCGGUACACCUGCCGUCGCCAUUUUUGCGUCGAAUCAUCGGUACAAGCGUGAAUCCUAUCGUGGCUCACAGUUUGCUCCUCGCGUUUUGGCAGACAACGAGAUCCCUGUGGUCAUGAAGUCCGAUCACCCUGUGCUGAAUAGCCGCUAUGUGGUGUAUGAGGCUCAACAAGCACACUACUACGGCCUCCAGCCACACCUUGCAUUGGCUUCAGUCACUUCCACACCAGCUCGAGCUGCCGGCCUUUCUCACCGUAUCGGUAUUCUCGCCGAAGGCGCAGAUGCUGACGUCGUAUUGUGGGAUUCACACCCCUUGCAUCUCGGCGCAGUCCCUCGUCAAGUCUGGAUCGACGGCAUUGCACAGCUUGGACGCGCAGACACUGCGCUCACUCCGGCGCCUGACGCGGAGCCCGUCCUCGUCGGCCCUCCUAAGAAAGGCUCGGUGUUUGGAGAGAUACCAGCAGUGCCAAGCUGGGAUGAAGAGCGCAAGGAGGCGGUUGCGUUUGAGGGCCUGCCGCCGCUUGAACCGAAGAAGGCUGUGAAGGGCAAGGUCGUGCUUCGGAACGUCCUGGAGGUGUGGAUCCGUACCGAAACGGGCCUCAAGGAGCGAUGGUCGGGUAUGUCCGAGGGAAAGAGCGGCACUGUCGUCCUGGUCGAUGGCACAAUUAGCUGUGUCGGACAAGAGGGCUGGUGUCUCACAGAAGAAGACGAUGCACUGGAGAUCGACUUGCGCGGCGGUGCGGUUGGGCCGGGCUUGAUGACAUUCGGCUCUCCGCUUGGCAUUGAGGAAAUUACGCAAGAGCUAUCCACGCAGGACGGCUUACUGUACAACCCUUACAUUGCAAACACGCCGAAGAUCCUCGGCGACUCCGGGGCCGUGGUCCGCGCAGUCGAUGCACUUCAAUUCGGGACACGCAACGCUUUGGUUGCGCGUCGCGCUGGUGUAGCGUAUGCAACAUCAUCGUUAAGCAAGGCCACCCUGUUUGGUGGAGCAUCGACGCUCAUCGGAGGACUCGCUGUGACCUUCAGGACCGGCGCCGCGCACGCUUUGCAGCCCGAUGCGAUCGUCCAGCCGACUGCUGCCCUGCAGCUCCACGUCGGGCGCGCUGCGCCGUGGCGUGGCACUAUGCCCGACGUGUCUGUGAGUACGCAGAUUGCGACGCUCCGACGGCUGCUGCUGGACGCUGUCAACGACGAUGAGGAGACUGGUCGAUGGUUCAAGAAGGCUGCUGAUGGACGCAUUCCUCUGAUCAUCGACGUUGAAAACGCGGACAUCAUGGCCACGCUGUUGCAACUGAAAGCUGAAGUGGAGGAACUCCGGGGAGCAAGGAUAAGGAUGAUUUUCUCUGGAGCGUCUGAGGCCCAUCUCCUCGCCGCAGACAUCGCCAAAGCCAGAGUGGGAGUCAUUCUUAGUCCCGUUAGACCGUUCCCUGGGGCAUGGGACAGCCGCAGGAUCCUUGCGGGGCCCCCGAUUACCAACGAAACGACAGUAACAGCGCUGCUGAAGCACAAGGUCACCGUCGCGUUGGGAGUCACUGACGCAUGGGAGCCAGUGAACGCGCGUUUCGACGCGGGCUGGUCAUCCCAGGUCGCGCUAGAGUCUGGCGGGUGGAUCGACAAGCAGAUGCAGUACGCGCUGGUAACUGGUAACUUGGAGAAACUGUUGGGGCUUGAGGGGUGGCUCAGCGACCAGGGUGACUUGGUGGUCUACCAGGGGGGCGGUGCAUUCAACAUGUCGAGCAAGGUCAUUGCCAUUGCGUCGCCGAGACACGGCGUUGUAGAAUUCUUCUAGUGGAAGUGUGUACAUGUUGGGUAUGAUAUCCCUGUAUUGUACUUUUCAUUGCUAUCACAUGGUAGAUCGGUAAAUAUUGCUCUCCAUCAUACGACGCCGACGCCGAGCAGUCCAGAGGCUGAUUUGAUGCCUCGACCGCGAGCUGCGGCAAGAGAUAUGGCGAGGCAGCUCAGGAUGAAACCAGUGAACCUGGAAGAUAGUAAAUCUACGUGGUCGCCGCCAAGCGGCAGUGCUGCACCGCACCUGAAGAAAGCCACUCGGGACAAAGAUCUUUCCUCAAGAAUGGUCCGAGAAGACGCGAAAAUAGAGCGGAGGACGGUGGGAGUGACAGGGAUACGACUGGAUGACUUGCUCGGGGGUGGUGGCAAGUGGCCGCCGCGAGCAUUGGCGGCCGUGAUGGUUGGGGUCGACGACGAGCUUGUGGUGGAGAGGGGCAUGGUGGUCGUGGCU